AUGGCGUGUCUCGCCGCGGCGCUGCUCGAGCACGGCACGGCGUCGAGUGGGGGCGGGAAGCUGCCGCAAGGCAAGCAGCUUGCGGUGGUCGAGGGAAGUAUCGUGCAGUCGGCGCUUGGCGUCCUGCGCGAGAUGAUUGCACGGGGGGAGGAGAGGGGAAACGUUGCGAUCCUCGCGUGCUUUCGCGCGACACCGGACGUGCUAGGAGCGAGGGAGUCGCGCACGAUCAAGGUGAUGGACAUGUCGCGCAUGCCGGGCACGUCCCUCGCCGAGAUCCGCGCGCACCUCGACACACUCAUUGGGCAAGUGCCGCCCUCCCGCACGAGCUUCUACGUGGACUCGAUCGAGGGCCUGCUCGAGGCGUCCGGCGCGAGUGUCGCCGAGACGUACCGCUUCCUCUCUGGUACCCUGGCGCGCCUGCCGAUGUAUGCACGCCUCGUCGUCGGCAGCGACGUCGACGCCAGCCGCGACGCGCAGGGCGUGUGUGCUGCGCUCACCUCGCCACAGUUCUGGAAUGGGCAGGAGCCAGACGAACUGGGAUCGGGCAACCAGUGGUCGCACGCAACGCUCCGUGCGCGGCUGCAUCCGCCGGCGCUCGUGCGCCAUCUCUACUCGUCCUAUGGCCUUGUGCCCCCCACGUCCGGCGCCGCGCUGUACCGCGCGGCGCACGCCGACGCUGGCACAAGCACCCAGAGUGUGUCGGACGACCGCAAAGCCGAUGCGCGCUUCUGGAGCGUGCUCCACAGCGUCGCCGGCCGCGGCCCGUUUGGCCUCGACGACGACCGCGGCUGGUGGAGCGCGGUGCGUGCGCCUGCGUCGCGCCUGCAGGCGAUGGAGGCACCUGCGCCGCCGCUCGGGCCGGUGCUCUUUGCGGAGGAGGCGCUUGGUCUGCACAGCGACACGGCCGAUGCGUACAGCACCGGCUACGGCUACCUCGAGGUCCGUGCGGCGCUGUCCACCGGCAAGCACGUCGAAGAGCUGGCGGCGCUCGCGUACGGCCCCCAGCGGCGCCUGAAGCUGCAUGCGCUCGACAUGGAUACGUCGAACGUGCAGGUCGCUGCGCCGGCGGCGGAUCCGCACGCGUCGCUCGUGCAGCAGCUCCCCUUUAAUCUGAACGAGACGCCGCAGCAGCGCGAGCGCCGCGAGCAGGUCUCGCUGCCGUACGCCUACCAGCUGCACGACACGCCAGCGCCGGAAUCCGCGUGGCGUGGAUCGACUGGGCAGAGUGCAAUCUUUUUCGAGCCCGAGUCGGAGGACGACGAGGACGACGAGGACCCCGACGACGACUUGGACGUCUAG